UGCAGCCUACAGAAAGAAGAAAAAAAAAUGAGAAAAUUAUUUGUAAUUCACUGGACUUGCUUAGCAACAAUUUUAGUUAGCUACUACAUAGUAAACACCGAUUCAAUAGCUGUGAGUCAGCCGGGCCAUCUGCACCGACAUCAGAAGAGAUCCGUCCUCUCAUUGCCCAGGGGGGUUUUAAAGUUUACAGGAGAGUUCAUCGUACCGGUUUUAUCGCUCAUUAACCAGACAAACUCUUACCUCUGGUUCAACUUUCCCACAACGUGGCCUCUACCCAACAACAACAACCUCAACACGCUGUACAACAGUUUUGGCCGUCUCAAAGAAAAGGGUAUUGAGGUGGACGAAGACUUUGUCGACGAGCAACGAGCCAAUCAGGACAGACGGCAUGUCUACCAAUACAUCGAAGGCUUUUUCCAAAACUUUGGAGUCAAUGGAACAGCUUGCGUCCAACGAGCUAUUUGCGAAAUGGCUGAAGCGCCUCUAACAAGCAACGGACUUUUGGGCAAAAUCGUCGAACUUGUUUUAACGCCAAGUCUGAUCAAAAUGCCUGUAAAAAUGGAGCCCUACUUCGGACUGAAUCGAUUCCGACGAGACGUUCACGGCGACGCCAUCAUAGAGGAUCUGGACUUCAUCGCGGCACCUGUUGAAGAUGAGUACACGGACGCUUAUAGCAAAGGAAAAGAUGGCUUGUGCUGGAGCCACUACGCAAGUUGCCCAAUUAACAUAUUUAAAUUGCUGGAUUUGUAAAUCGAAAAAAGAACUUGAGGGAAAAGCUUUGGUCUUACGAUUGUCC